CCUGCCCUCCCCACAGGCGUCCUGCCUCUGUGGCUCUGCCCCCUGCAUCCUGUGUGGCUGCUGCCCCUCCACCCAAAACUCCACCAUCAGCCGCCUCAUCUUCACGGUCUUCCUCUUCCUGGGGGUGCUGGUGUCCAUCAUCAUGCUGAGUCCUGGAGUAGAGAGUCAGCUCUACAAGCUGCCCUGGGUGUGUGAGAAUGUGGCCGGGAUCCCCGUUGUCCUGCAGAGCCACAUCGACUGUGGCUCCCUGCUCGGCCACCGUGCUGUCUACCGCAUGUGCUUUGCUACGGCAGCCUUUUUCUUCCUCUUCACCCUGCUCAUGAUCUGUGUGCGUAGCAGCCAGGACCCCAGGGCUGCGAUCCAGAAUGGGUUUUGGUUCUUUAAGUUCCUGGUCUUCGUGGGCAUCACCGUGGGCGCCUUCUACAUCCCGGACGGCUCCUUCACCAACAUCUGGUUCUACUUUGGUGUUGUGGGCUCCUUCCUCUUCAUCCUCAUCCAGCUGGUGCUGUUCAUCGACUUUGCACACUCCUGGAACCAGCGUUGGCUGGGAAAGGCGGAGGAGUGCAACUCCCGUACCUGGUAUGCAGGCCUCUUCUUCUUCACCCUCCUUUUCUACUCACUGUCCAUCGCGGCCGUGACCCUGCUCUUCAUCUACUACACCCAGCCCAACGCCUGCUAUGAAGGCAAGGCCUUCAUUGGCCUCAACCUCACUCUCUGUGUCUGCAUCUCCAUCAUCGCUGUCCUGCCCAAGAUCCAGGAUGCCCAGCCCAACUCCGGUCUGCUGCAGGCCUCGACCAUCACGCUCUACACCAUGUUUGUCACAUGGUCGGCCCUGUCCAAUGUCCCUGACCAGAAAUGCAACCCCCACCUGCCCUACUUUGGCAAUGGGACAGUCCAGACAGGCGCCGAGGGCUACGCGACCCAGUGGUGGGAUGCGCCAAGCAUCGUGGGUCUCAUCAUCUUCAUCCUGUGCACAUUUUUCAUCAGUCUGCGCUCCUCCAACCACCGGCAGGUGAACAGCUUGAUGCGGACAGAGGAGUGCCCGCCCAUACUGGAGGCCACGCAGCAGCAGCAGGCGGUGGCCUCCGAGGGCCGGGCCUUUGACAAUGAGCAGGAUGGCGUCACCUACAGCUACUCUUUCUUCCACUUCUGCCUGGUGCUUGCCUCCCUGCACAUCAUGAUGACGCUCACCAACUGGUACAGACCCAGCGAGACCCAGAAGAUGAUCAGCACCUGGACCGCCGUGUGGGUGAAGAUCUGUGCUAGCUGGGUGGGGCUGCUCCUCUACCUGUGGACCCUGGUAGCCCCCCUCCUCCUGCCCAACCGUGACUUCAACUGAGGCAAUGCCCUGCGGCCUGUCCACCUGGUGCCUCGGGGCUCAGAGACAGUCAGCCAAGCUGAGCCCCUGCCCUGUCUCCAGCACUUGUCCCUGAGCUGGGCGCCUUAUUCUUAGUGCCUUCAUGGAUGAGGAGCAUCGGGCCCAUGCCUGAGCCCCUCCCUCCACUGCCCCGGACCACGGGGCUUCCUCUUCAUUCCCCUUGUCCCUGGUCGCCCAUACUCACCUGCUUGGGGGAAAAGGGCCUCUUGUUCCCAGGCUCCUCAGGACAGGGUCCUGAAAGAGAGAAAUACUCAGAGCUGCUCAAAGAGCAAGAGCACUCACCAUGAUGGGGUACCCAGCACUGAGGCACUGUAUUCCUGACCACGUGCCCUGGGCACCCUGUCCCCUUCCUGGACUUCGUGCCUUACGGAAUCUCUAAGACUUUGUCCAAUAAAGAAGCCAGAGCAUCUGC